CAGCUGGGGCCGGCGGUGUUGAACAGUCAAAGGGAUUUCCGUGACUGAGAAGGGGGAUUGGGAUGGGUAGGAGGGGGGGGGAUCCAAAAUGUCUCAUCAAGGGUCGCAUUGAAGACAUGUCGGCUGACUUUUUCAAAGCGAAUAAUUCGGAAUCCGAGGCACUGAAUUCUUUUUGGAAUAGUUGCAACGGCUUGGGCGUCAAUUCUUGUGGAGUCCUUCAACGUACGCCAACUAUAAUAACCGUCCAAUCUUUUUUUUUACAACCCCGAACUAUCCUUCCUCUCUCUAAACGUUACGUUAUAACGUUACAUGUCCUCGAUGGCUCACUCCGCUGCUGAAUCUGUAUCGUCACAACCCGAUCGUCCAGAGCGUAGCCGUAAUGCUAAAGCUCAAGCUCGCCAUCGUGCAAAGCGAAAGGCCUACAUUGAGCAGCUCGAGCAGACAGUCACAAAACUUCAGACUGCUCUAGGUUUCACCCCAGACCAGGUCGCUGCUUUACCGCCCCCCUUGGUCAAGAUUCGUGAGCUCGAGCAAGAAAAUACCCGCUUGCAGAAAGAAAAUGAAGAAAUGAGGCGUUUGUUGGAAGCUGACCAUCGCGGUAGUCAUUUGUCCUCUGACUACCGCAGGCACUCCAUGUCAAACUUCCACGACACUCGUAACUGUGACCGCGACUUCAAGAAACGGAAGAUGGACGACCUCUACUUGCCCCAAGACGCCCCUCAUGGUGAUCGUCCCCCUCCCCUUACAAUUCCGCAGCCGCUUUCCCAUCACCAGUACGGCAAUAUACCCUCCCACAACGGCACAUCUGGUCAUGGCGGUGUUUCAGGCAACUCCUCACUCUUUAAUUUGCACGCUCCCGCUUUUCAUCAUAUGCCUCACACCCCCUCCGGAUCAAGUUCCACAUCAAGUCCUCCAUUUUCGCCUACCCAAAUGCAACACUCAUCGCAUUCCCCGGUUAACAGUCGCCCAAGUUCAUUAUCACAUCACCCGCUUCCAAGCAGCUAUCAUUCCAAUCAUUACGGUUCCGUCAAGGUUGAAGACGAUCAUUACAGCUCAUCAAACCAUCAUAACCAUAAUGGGCCCUCCAACCAUUACCACACUACCCUCCCCCCAUUUGCCCAAACUGUGCCAGAAGCUGAAGUGGAUAACUGGCAUGCUUAUUCGGCCGAACGUGCUCAGGUUCAUCGGUAGAGCCGAAAUGUCUUCAUUUGUUCUCUUCUCCUCGGUUUAGAUGAUACCCCCGCUCUAGUGCUAUCAUUGUUUCGCUGCAUUUCGCCUAGCUCUCUUUGUCUCAUCGCUAUUUUUCUUUGCCAUUCUAGAGUCUACGACAGCCUACCACUUCUAAUACUUACCUUCGCCACUGUAAAAAGUUAUCACGCAUUCUAGUGGAUAUAUGUGCAUGAAUUGUAUAAUACUUGAUACUUAUUGUAAUGUAAGUAGGUGUGUUAUGGGUAUUAUUGCUGGACUUGUAUCC